ACUUUCAAAAACCGAUUCCAGUAAAUUGUGAAAAAUUAUUGCAUAUGCACUUUUGUGUUUUUAAUAAAAUAUAGAACAGUUAUGAAUUCAAUUACUGAAAAAUUUAUGCCGCAAAUGGCAAAAUGUCGCAAAUUGUUAAAUUUGGGUUACACUAGCACAAAAAAUAGCGGCAUUGCAUGGUUAAAUAAAUUGUGUGCUGAAUUUUUGGAAUUUUCCAAUAACUUACAUCAUUUUAUUACAAAAGAAAUAGAGAAAGACUUUAUUGAAGCGAGUGAAGAUUUUGAAAUAAUAUUUUUGUGUCUUACACAAAUUAUUACGUGCAUUAAGCACUUGGAGCGCACCAUAAAAGCUGAGGAAGUCAGCGGCUCUGCCAUAUCAGCUUCAAGACAGCUCUUUCUUGAUCGCAUUUAUUGGUGUUUGGAUCGUUUGUUAGAAUCAAUGAAAAAUUUGGUCUCAUGUGAUACAUUUAAUUAUAAGACCAUAGAAGAGCAGUCAUUUAUUGAAUUGAUGGAUUUGGUAUUUGAUUCUUUGUUACCAUAUAGUACAUACAAUGAGAGCACAAAUUACAAUAAUGCAGAACAAAAUGCUGAGGCAAUGUUUGAUAGUAAAAAAGUACGUUCUAUGAUUGACUUAAUACUGAGUCAUACGUUAGCGUUUGCUAAUGUGGCAUUGAAAGAAGAUAAAAAAGCUAUUAGUGCGCUUUGCCAAAAGGUGCUACGUGAGUGCAUAUCCUUUCAAGACGAAUGUGCACUAACUAAACCAGUACUAAAAAUUAAUGACUCCAAUAGGAGUUUGCGAGCAAUGUCACUGGAAAAUGCACUUUAUCAACUUGAGGGUUAUGUUAAUGAAGCCUUAUUACGUUUGGUAUAUGUCUGUUUUUUGGACUUCAACAAGUUUUCGAUACAGACAUUACGCACAGAAAUAUUAAUACGUGAAACUGAUGAUCCCGUUUUAGAUGAACUCAUAGCAGAUUUCGAUGUGAAUGUAGAUCGUAUGACACAAAUUGGUAUAUUUGCCAUUACUUUUGCGACAAAUUCUAAAAUGAAAACAAUCAUUCGCAGCUGUUUAGCGUCAAUAGAAUCUCUUGAUUCUUGCGUUAUACCCUCAUUAUAUGCAAAAAAUGCUGCCGACAUACAUUCGGAAAUUUUAGAACAACAUUUUAAUGAAGAAGUUAAUAUUUUCAAAAACGCCAUACAACAAAUAAUGGAUAGUCACGCCUUCACAUCAUGCUAUGCGGAUUUGCUAUCAGAUUGCAUAAAAAAAUUAGAAAAGGAUUUCAAUAAAACAAAAGCAUGUGAAAUCAUACAAAUGGCUGAAUUAUUAUAUGAACAUUUUCAACUUCCAGCCAAUCGUAAAGAACUUGCGAAAAUAGCAGAUCGGGAUAAAUAUUUUAAAAAAUUUGUAAUAAUUUUACGUGAAUGUCAAGCAAUUCUAAUCUGUGCUGAUCAAGUUGAAUCGAAAAGAAUUUUAAAAAGGUUUAGAAUUUUACAUUCUAUUUCACGUAAAUUUUUAGACACACUUGUUGCUCACGGAAGACAUGCAAAGAAAACUAAUGCAUUUAUAAUGUCCGAGCAGUUUAAUGAGUCUGAAUGUAUGUUUGAAUCUGCUGGUAUAUCACCUUCAAUACCAAGCAUAUUGUAUCAAAAUGAUCAUACGCUACGCAGACGUGCUGCUAGUGAUUCUUUAAAGGGAAACUACUCAAAAUUAAUGCAUACGCCAAAACCUUUACCAUUAGUAUUGCAAAAACCUAAACAUGAUGCAGAAUUGCAAAAAGUUACAAAUACAAGUGUAUCAAAUAUUGGAGGCAAUGAACGCCGUUGCAGUGUACGUAGGAAACCAAGCUUACGCACUGCGAUGUUUAAACGCCAAAAAUCUACCGAAACGGAAAAAGUGUACCAUAUUUAUAAAAAUAACUCCGCAAGCCUACAAAUAAGUGAUAUACUAGAUCAACUUUGUAGUAUGUCUUCGAAUAUGGCUAGUAAUUUGAAGAAAAGUAAUUCAAAAUAAUCGUAUAUAUAUAUUAUACGUUCGAUAAGAAAUCCUUAACUGAUGCAACUAUA